GAUUCCAAAGGUUAUUAGUAUCACACAAUGCCAAGAGAACUAAACCGAGGAGAAAACAUCUAACAGCUCUUUGAGAUCUCCACCAAGAAGAAAAAAAGAUUUCACUUCAGUUGAACAUCUCCGUUGAGGAUGUCCACCACUGCAGUACCAGACAACAACCCAAGAAAUGGCUUCGUGGUGGUGACCCACGUCAUCCCACCACCUGGAACAGGGCAAAAUGGAGCUGGACCUGUACCAGGGGUGCCUACUGUGGGAUUUCCAACUGCAGGGAUCUCUUCCAUUGGGGUCCCCAAUUACAUGGGCAUGGCUGUUUCACCAGUCGUCCGUGUGAGCACAGUCAUGGCCGCUCCUAACCGACUUGCAAAAUUUCUGAAAGGUCAGCCGAAAGCAGUGGGGACAAUGGAGAUAAUGAUUGGGAUCAUAGCUUUUCUGUUUGCAAUCGUGUUGACAGUCUCAGCCCCAUCAGUUUCAAUCUAUAGUGGAGUUUUGUACUGGGGCUCUGUGAUUUACAUCAUCACCGGCUCUCUGACUGUUGCAGCAGAGAACAGCCUCAGCUCCUGUUUGGUGAAUGGCUCUCUGGGAAUGAACGUGUUCAGCGCUGUAGUUUCAGGAACAGCCGUCAUUAUACUGUCAGUGGACGUUAGUGUUGGUCUGGGAUACGAACUGUGCUAUGGCUCCUUUAGUUACUAUGACUGCAAGUCUUUUAAGGAUCAGACUGCUGGGAUCACUGGAGUGCUGCUGGUUUUGUCUGUGCUUCAGUUCAUGCUCAGCAUCUGUAUUUCAUCGUUUGGAUGCAAAGCCACCUGCUGCAGUGGACCAUCAGUUCCUGUAGCCAGGGCACCUCCAACCCAAGAAACCCUCUCAUCCAUACCCACUGCAUUCCAAGCUUACAACGGUCAACAGAACUUGAUCUACAUCAAUAAUCCCAGUGUCAACCAGAACAACACUUCUCCAGAAAAUCCUCCACCAUACAGCACAUGCAUCCCCAAACCAGAAGACUAACAAGAAUGAUGAAAAUCAACCUGCAGAAGGGCAGCUCUUUUAGCUUCCAAUCUCUAGAGUUAUUUUAGAUCUAUAAAGACCUUCAUUACUGCUGUCACAUCAAAACCGUGAAUUCACAUUAUCCGUUUUUUUUUUUUAAUUAAUGACAUUUAAUUAAUUAGACAUUAAUGACUGCAUUCUUCAUGGGUUGAUGAAUUCAACCCUAUAAGCACAUUGCCAACUGUUAAGCAUGGUGGUGGGAUAAUCAUGCUUUGGACUUGUUUGCCUUCUAGUGUAACUGAUUUGUUGAAAAACUCUGCAGCAUUAUUAAUCAUAACUUCAGAAAGUAAACUGGGUAGUUGAAACUUGUAAACAACUGGGUGCUUCCACAGGACAAUGAUCAUAAACACACAGUAAAAGUGGUUGUAGAUUGUGUUUAAAAAAGUCUUGACUGAUAUUGCCUUAAAAAAAGAGUCAAAUAUACAACCAGGAUUCUGUCAGAUGUUGUUAGUUGAUGGCAACUAAAACAAGUGUCUAGCUAAUAAACAAUAAACAUUAAUGUGUAAUGUGUAUAUUUUGAUCAUGUCCUGAGAUCAGAAAAUCUGAAAAUAAACAUUUGUGACAAAACAAA